AUGGACCAUUCUCAGAGAGCAAGUUACAAUGCUGGUGAGGCCAAGGGCCAAGCUCAGGAAAAAGCCAGCCAGAUGAUGGACAAGGCUAGCGAUACUGCCCAAUCUGCCAAGGAAUCGAUUCAAGAGACUGGUCAACAGAUGAAGGAUAAAGCACAAGGGGCUGCUGAUGCUGUCAAGGAUGCUACUGGAAUGAACAAAUGA